CGAGCGAUAUGAUUCAGUGAUGUUGAUCGGGAGUUCACGAAAAUGCGUUCGCCGAUUCGAAACGCGGCUUGCGAGGAGUGACCACGUGACGUACGUCAUGUGACAUGUGUUUUGAUAUAACAUGGCGCAUCGAGCUGUCACGGUGCAAUGAGAUUGCUCCUCUCGAGGAGAUUUCUGUAGUGUUUCGCUUCGAUAGACUACGAGAAAAUGCCGGUCGACAUUAACCGACUGACAGAGGGUUGGCUAGAGCUGGAGAGCGACCCAGGCUUGUUCACGCUGCUCUUGGAGGACUUCGGGGUGAAGGGCGUCCAGGUGGAAGAGAUUUAUGAUCUGCAGAAGUCACUAGAGGGCCCGGUUUACGGUUUCAUCUUCCUGUUUCGUUGGAUAGAGGAGCGACGUUCCAGGCGGAAGGUCGUGGAGCAGGACGAGAGUUUCGUCAAGGAUGAGGAAGUCGUCAACAAUAUCUUCUUCGCCCAACAGGUUGUCCCCAACAGCUGUGCCACUCACGCGCUGCUCUCGGUCCUGCUGAAUUGCCCCAACAUCCACCUAGGCACGACCCUGUCUCGGCUGAAGAUGCAUACAUCCGGCAUGUGUCCGGAGAACAAAGGCUGGGCGAUUGGCAAUACACCGGAGUUAGCCUGUGCUCACAACUCGCACGCUAUGCCACAGGCGAAACGACGGCAGGAUAAGAACACGGGUGUUUCGACGGGCAGGUUUACCGGAGAGGCUUUCCACUUUGUGAGUUACGUGCCGAUAAACGGCAGGCUCUUCGAGCUGGAUGGCCUGAAGCCGUAUCCCAUGGAUCACGGGCCGUGGAAGGAGCACGAGGAGUGGACCGAGCAGUUUAGACGCGUCAUUACCGAUCGUUUGGGUAUGGCAACGGGAGAGCAGCUGCAGGAUAUCAGAUUCAAUCUGAUGGCAGUCGUGCCCGACCGACGUCUCGCUAUUUCACAUAAAUUAACCAUGCUGAAAACCAACAGACAGAUAGUCCUGGAAGCGCUGCAACAGCUGAUGAAGUGGAGUCACCAGGAUGGCGGUAGCACGGAGAAGGGCGCGCAACACGACACCGACAAGGAGAAGCCGUACGAGAAGAGGCACAAGACCGAGGACGAGAACGGAUUGCCCGCUAAAACGGAAAUUGAGGAAUCGCCCUCCAUCCCCACCAUCAACGUCGAGAGAAACAACGAUUCGUCGACAGCGGUAGUCAUCGACGAGUCGGUUUCUGGAAUUACUACUGGGAAAACUGAAUCUAGCGGAAUGGAGAAGGUGGUGAUGUGCGCUCUGGACUACGCUACGCCGCUGCGAAUUCAGACCUCGCCGGCUCACAGCUCGUCGAGCACGGACACGUCGUCGGAGAUUGGAUCGGCCUUCAAUUCACCCACUCAAGCUUGGGGCUGGAAUUCCGGCCAGAGCAGUCCCACCUCGACCAAGGACUUCAAAAAGUUCGUGGUGAUUCGCGUUGCCGGCGACGAAAAGAACGAGGCUGGUUUAAGCCGUUCCCUGGGAAACAUCAACAUAAAUGGGAAGAGACUGGUCUCGGACAGUGGUCAUCUACACAAGAAGGUCUGUCUGUCGGGCGAAGUCAGGAUUCCUCACGCUAGGGUGAAGACUAGCAACGGCGACACGGUAACGGAGGAGAAGAAGGUCGAGAAGAUCGAUCCGAAGCUGUGCUCCAAGUAUCCGGAACUAUUCGAGCCGCACACGUUUGCGCCCAAGGAUCUCCUGGCGCUACUGAAAAAUUUGGAGCACGAGAUCAGCGUGUGCGAAACCAGUCUGAAGGAUGAGAACGAUAAGAGAAACAAGUACAAGAUUGACGACUGUCGCAGGACGCACAAUUACGACGAGUUCAUUUGCACGUUCCUGUCGAUGCUCGCGCAGCAAGGCAAAUUGGCCGAACUGGUCCAGCAGCACCUAACGUUGAAGAAGCACACCUCCGUCUCGGUGAACAGAGUUCACAGAUCGUCGAAAAAGUCGGAUACCCGUCAGAACUCCUCACGCAGGCGCCGUGGUAGGACAAAAUGUAAAAAGCGAAAGUAAUCGCUGGACGUGUAAUUUUUGAGGGAAAUUGCCAUUCCGUUCGGCGGACUGUUUGCGAGGAAUGUACACGGUAUACUCAGGAAGAGUAUGCGAAAAUCAUUCGGUAGUUUUACAAAGAGGUCAUACCAUGAAGAGAGACUAUAUAUAUAUAUAUAUAUAUAUAUCGAUAUAUAUAUAAAAUUUUUAAAAACUACGGUCGCCGUUUCCUUUCGCCGACCCUCCGUCGUCAGCUUUGUCUCUAGCUUUUUAACGUAACGCAGAUAUUUUCGAGACGAUCGUACGAUCUCGAUUCGACUUUCUCGAUCUGUCAUGAGAUGACUUCUCGCACUGUAUAAAUUAACUUUACACGAUUGUACACACAUAUAUAUAUUUUUUUAUAUUCUUUGUAUGUGGGUGAUAUUUAAUUGUCCAGAAUCGAUAUUUGUGUUUUAUAUUAUAUCGCGACGCGACGUCGCACUUUUGUAGAGCAUUCUCUACGUUCUUUUCUGGGUUUCGUACAAAAUACAUGAUUUAUUAACAUA